AUGGGCAAGAAAUUGAGACAAAAGGCUGCCAAGUACACCCCACCUCGCAACAAGAACGCCUUCGCUUUUCGCGACGAGUCAUCCAACAACCAUACUGGUCAGUCCUUCGAACCCUCGAUGGCCACCUCUCCGUAUUUCUCCUUGAGAGAUGAACUCCAGAGCACAGAGAAGCACGAAUGGACCAAGGAAUCACGCCUACGAGACCACAAGAUCUCCUUCGUCAGUGCUGGUUCCAUGGCCCCGUUAGAUGAGCCCAAGGUCGACAAGCCACUUUUGAACAAGAACGAGAAGAACGCCGACCACGACAGAGAUUUGCGUGGCUCAGAAGACGCAAUGGCUCAGAUGGACAUCAACGCUCAACCUUCGGUCGCAAUGCCAUCAUUAGACGGUGUCGACGAGGUCGACAUGGAGAUUGACGAAUCAGUUCACAUUCAUGCCCAUGCCGAAGUCACAAUUCCUGNNUCAAGCAGCCCGCGCCACAGCAACAGUCCGCACCCUCGCCUCAGCNCAGCUGAAGAUGCUCCCAUGUUCUUCGUUGACACAGCUGGUGAUGAGUCGCUCGCAUUCAAGGGACCCAAGUCCAUCCCCGCACCUCGCGCGCCCUCGCCUGCCAGAUCGUCGUCAAGUGAUGAGGUUGUCUUCCGUGGUCGCAAUGGUGUGACCGUCAGAGAUGAUCCUCCCGCCGUGGCUCAAAAGCCAGCAUCGAAGCCCGCCCCCAAACCGUCAUCCAAGCCCAUCGCUCAGCCCACCCCUCAAGUCAACCCUCAGUUGGAGAAGUUCCUCAAGUCGCUGGACAACCCUCCCGAAUGGGCAAAAGAGAUGUCAGAAAAGUCAAAGUCAAGAGAGUCGCCGAUACAGCCAGCAGAACACUGGCCUUCGAUGGAAGAGGCGAAUGGUUUCGCUGACCGUCUCGACCAAGAUCUCAGCGGUGUUCGUGCGUCUCGCAAGUCGAAGAAGAACAGGAAANAGCAGAAUCGCAUCUUCCGUCUUGAGCAGGACCUGGAAGACGAGUUGUUGCGGGAUUACAUCGACAACAUUGCUGCAGAGGACAUGCCCACUCGUGCUCGCGGUCUGGGUGGCGACUCUGGCGACGACACCGACGAGUUCUUCGAUGACCUUCUGAACGAGGAAGAGAAGGAUCCAGAUGAUGUCGAUGUCACUGGUUUGGAGGAUGAAUGGGAAGACGAGUCUGGCUCUGAGGAUGAUGAAGAUGACGAUGACGAUGAUACCGGCAGCGAAGACAGUUCCGAGCUCGAGGAACGCCUAGCGCGCGAAGAGCGUGAGGCAUGGGAGGACGACGCCGACAUUCGCGAGCGACGCGCACAAGCAAUGACGGAUGAGGAGCUGGCCCUCUUGUUCAUGAAGCAAGAAGAGCUGGGCAUCGGCGGAGAUGAUAUCAUGCUUUACGACGACCGCUUCGGAGAUGUCGAUGGUGCUAGGGCUGGUCUAGCAAACUACUCGUUCAAACAACCAAAGAGUGGCAAGAAGAAGAAGGGCGGCAGAAAGAGCGACAACUUCCCAGACGCCACUCUCAUGGCAGAUGUCUUGGAACAGGACGCGUAUGGCGGCUUCGAUGUCAUGGACUUUGAUCGUCCUAGUCUCAGAAAGAAGAACAAGGGCCGCAAGUCUGGACCACUUCCUGAAGAGCUUGGAUUAUCAGAUUCAGACCUUGUCGAGGAACUGCAAAACCAGUGGGCCAACGAUCGCUCAAAGAAGGCUAGCAAGAAGGCCGAGCGCGAGGAGUUGCGUCAAAUGGGUUUGCUCGGCAAGAAGAAUAAGUUCAAGCCUGAUAUGAACCAACGUUACACAGAAGGUAUUACCAUGAGUCAAGUCAGGUUUGAGCUUCAGGACUUCUUGGAGCAAGAAGACCACACGUCAAAGGCAUUCCCACCAAUGCAGAAGAAUGACCGUAAGGUACUUCAUGAGAUCGCCAACCACUUCAAUCUCAAGUCGAAGUCUGUUGGAAGCGGCAAGAAUAGAGCGCCUGUCCUCAUCAAGACAUCGAGAACUGUCGAAUGGAGCGAACAACAUUUCGCCCGCGUCUCGAACUUUGUCGGCAAAGGAUACAUGAAAAACUCAUCCAGGAAGCCCAAGACUACCAUGGCUGGUGAGAACAGGAGGACCAGGGCAAUGGGAGGUGGCGGCGGUGGUGCGGCCGCAUACCGCAACGGCGAUGUCGUCGGCCAUAAUGCAUCCGAGAUCCCAGCCAGCAACUUUGGCAGAAAGCUCAUGGAGAAGAUGGGCUGGGCGGCCGGUAUGUCGCUCGGAAAGGAAGGUUCUGGCGGUCUUCUGGUUCCUGUACAGGCAACUGUCAAGUCAGGCAAGGCUGGUCUUGGCUAG